AUGAAGUCCCUGCCGGUAUAUUAUCGCAACCAGAAAAUAGCAUGGAUGGGUGGUAAGCUGCUGAAAGAAUGGUUUCAUGGCCAGUUUGUUCCCUCUGAUCGAGAGUUUUCUAAGGAAAAUAAUUGGUCUCCCUAUGCAAUCCUUUUGACUGAUAACGCGCGAUUUCACCCCAGCACUGAGGAAUUCUGUGAUGUAGAAAUUGUGGUGAAGUUUAUGCCGCUGAAUGUUACACCACUUCUACAGCCGAUUGACCAGGGUGUACUGCAAACAUUAAAACUGACUUAUAGAAAACAGUUUUUACGAACACUGAUCCAUGAUGAUAGCAUUCCUUUAGUGGACGAAGUAAAAAAGGCCAAUGUAAAGGAUGUCGUUUAUUGGGCCGUUGAGGCAUGGCUGAAUAUUUCAGAAAUUACUCUGAGAAAAUCGUGGAGAAAACUGUUAACAUUUCUUGAAUUUCAGGACAACCUAGUUGAAAAUGAAGAGGAAAAUCUACUACAAAUGAUACAAGCAAUCCCUGGAUGUGAAGAAGCUAGUGAAGAAGACAUAGAUGAGUGGGUGGCAGUGGAUGUGUGGAGAACCUUACUGACGCUGAUUUAG